GCGAAUUCAGCUAGCAGGCAACGUCAACUGAGAUUUUAGUUUUCUCAAGCGUCAUUUUGGUUGCGAAAAAUGUGGAUUUAAUUUUUUUACACGAUGUUUCAUUUUAGAGCCGUUUCAAAUAAUUAUAUAAAUGUAUACAAGUGUUAAUUUUGUGAAAGUAGUUUCUUAAACUGAGUUAUACCAAGUGACUAAAACUUAACCGAUAUCGGCUGGUAUUGGAAAAGUCGGAGUAGCGAUCCAAGUAUAUGUAGAGCAAAAUAAUUACUUAAAACACACAAGGCCGAUAAAGUUCUGACUGUGAAAAAAUUGUCUGCAAGAAACGCAAUUUACCUUCGGCUAUAAAAGCCGAAACCUUAAAUUUUUUUCCUCCCCGUUAAUUAAAAACCGCUAAAAUUGUGGAAAAACAGGAGAAAACUCCCAAGCGGAAGAAGAAGGCUGCAGCCAGUAAAAUGUCUGCAGUUUAUUCGCCGCAACCACCGCAGCAGACGGCGCCCCCGGGCGGCGUGCUGCAACCGCCGCAGCCGCAAACGCCAACGUCGAUGCAGCAGCAACAACAACCAGGUGUUGGUCCCGGUGUAGGGGGAGUCGGAGGCGUUGGCAUGGGCGGGCCAUCCGGGGUACCAAUGGGAUCAGGGGGCCCAAUGCAGCGAGGACCUUCCAUGGUUGGAGGUGGCGGUGGACCAGUUGGACCACCCUCUGUGACAAGUGGAGGCAUGAUGGGCGGUGUUGCCCCUCCGCCAUCGUCACAACGAGGUGGAAUGCCACCAUCGCCUAGUCCAGCACAAAUUCAAAAAAUACUUGAUGACAAUUGUGGUCUUAUUCAGACAAUUCAAGAUUUCCAAACUAUGGGCAAGGCGCAGGAGUGCAUGACAUAUCACAUGGCAUUACAUAGAAAUCUCGUUUAUUUGGCGCAACUUGCUGAUCCGACAAUGAACAUUGCCCAAAUAUUGCCGGCCGCUCAACACCAAGGCCCACAUAGCAUGAUGGGUGGGCCUCAGCCCCCACAACAGGGUGGACCUCCAACUGGAGGAAAUCAACCACAAAUAGGAGGUAUGCCACCAAUGACACACGGCGAUGGAAAUGUGCAGUCUCCGUCUGGAACACAAAUGCCCUACGGCAAUCAACCUCCGCAAUCGCAUCCUGGGAUGCCACCUAAUUCGCAACAACCCCAGCAAGGUCCACCUCAAGGUAUUAAUUCUCCACAAACUGGACAGCAGCAAUCUCAACAACAGGCCGGGGCAUAUCGUGGCACUUCGACACCUCAAUCUACCAAUCAGCAACCCCCACCUGUCUCAGGUGCAGGAUCAAAUCAACAACGGUCAAAUAUUCAACCUGGGCAGCAGCCUGGCCAAGGACCACAACAACAGCAACAACCUCCAACACCCCAGCAGCAACAACAAGGUCCACCACCACAGUCACAAUAUCGUGGCGGUUAUCAACAACAACAACACGGUCAUUACCCUGGAUAUCCUCCACAAAGCCAACCAUCGUACCAACCACAAAGCGGCUAUGCCUACGGACCACCCACUCAAGGUUAUGGACCGCCACCGCCAAAUGCACAGGGCGGCUAUCAUCAUGCAGGUAUGCCUCCGACAUCUUCAACAGUUGCCGGUCCCCCCGGUCAACACGGUUAUGCCAAUGCUGGCGGUCAGCAAGGUCCACCAGGUGCCUAUCCUCCGCCUCCGCCCAAUCAACAAGUUCCACCAGGCCAGCAACCACCGCCUUCGCAAAUGUAUGGCCCACCAACUGGCGGACAAGGGCCACCACCACCGCCGAACCAAUAUGGUCCACCUCAAGGAGGGGGUAACGCCCCUCCACCAAUGGCCUAUAGUGGUUAUGGUGCUCCUCCGCCUAGUAGUUAUGGCCAAACGUCAAACGCUUUGCCUGGUGGUUAUGGACCGCCUCCACAAAGCCCUGCUCAAUCUCCAUAUCCACCACAGUCGCCAUAUCAGCAGAGUGGUGCACCAGGUGGAUAUCCAGGUCAGACGUCACAACAGCCUCAGACACCACAGGGAACGAGCGGCGGCUACAGUACUUCACCAAGUCCCGGCCAAACACCUCCAUCACCAUCAAAUCAACAAGCACAAAACGCAGGCAAUCCGAAUGGACCAAAUGCACCACCUGUAAGUGUGCAAUCCACGUCUCCUUCGACAUCGUCUGGGAAUAUUGGUGUCAAUAGUGGUCCGCCCAAUCAACAAGCACCAUCUACUCAACAGCAACAGCAGCAACAACAACAGCAGCAAUACGCUACGCAACAACCAUCAGUUUCAGGCGGUCCGCCACAGCCACAUGGCUCUACAGCCCAACAACAACAACAACCUGUUUACUCUGCAGGAACGCCUUCCGCAGGUCCAUCGCCAUACGGAGCACCAACACAACAACAGCCGCCUGGGCCAAGUGGACCCCCUACGGGACCACCAAAUACCACAGCACCGCCAAAUGGUACGCCACCAAUGCCCAAUCAACAAUAUCAACCGCCACCAACUGCACAACCUUAUGGUGCGCCGCCACCACAAGCAUACGGGCCACCACCACCUGGCGGAGGAUACCCUGGUCACGGCUAUCAUCAGCCGCAAAGCGGAUACGGUGCUAUACCUCAGGGACAAUAUCCACCUUCGCAGAGUUAUCAAGGAUAUCGACCCACCGGUGGACAAAUGCCGCCGCCAGGUGCACCACAAGGCCCGCCAACUAACGCAUAUUCAUACUACGGCAAUCAGCCACCACAGUAAUGUAUGUACAUACAUAAA